ACAGCGACGGCGACGACGGCAGCAGCGACGAUGACGACCACAACGACGACGACGACAGCGACGACGCGAACGCGCGGGCUCUCGAUCUACUUCACCGUCCCACACGGCCCGGAUCGCUUCUCGUCCCUCCCCGCCGAGCUCGCGCUGCGCAUCCUCGAGCUCGCGCUCGCCACGCACAAACGGCCCCUGCCCGCACUCGCGCUCAUCAGCAAGCGCAUCACCGCGCUCGUCGACGUGCUCCUCUACACCGCCGUCACGCUCGCCACCCCGAAAUCCAUCGCGCUCUUCGCGCGCACCGCAGCCUCCAAGCCGCCCGCCUUCCUCGCCGCGCACGUCAAGAAGCUCGCGGUGACCUGGACGGGGCCCGCCGACGACAAGUUGGAAGCGGCCAUCGCGCGCAUCGCGCGCGCGUGCACGGGCCUGCGCGCGCUCGCCGUCCCGCCGUGCGUGCCCGUGUUCGCCGCGCGCCCGUUCACGCCUGCGCCGCCCGCGCCGUUCGAGCUCGUGCUCGGCUCGUUCCUCGACCUGCGCCCCGCCGAGCGCGUGCCGGCCUUUUACCUCCCCGCGGGCGCCGCGCCGCCGCCGCCGCAAGCCAGGAAGCCCCCGGUGAAGACGGAGCACGCGUGGUUCGGCGCGGUGACGCACCUGCGCUUCUGCGAGCCGCCGCCGUUCUAUGCCGCGCCGAGCGAGGCGCUCGCGGCGCUCACGCCGGGUGCGAUGCCCGGGCUGACGCACCUCCAGCUUGCGCGGCGGGCGCGGGCGAAUGAGGAUAAUGACCGCGCGUUCGUGGAGGACGUGCGCGCGCUCCUUGCCGCGCGGCCCGCGCUGCGGGCGCUCGUGGUGAGCGUGUUUCCGAGCGUGAAUACGGUGCCGAAGAUGGAGGACGUGACGAGGUCGUUCAUAUGGGGGCUGCUGCGGGAGAUGAGUAUGCAGGACGGGAGGUUGGUGGUGAGGGAGGGGGUGUAUGGGGAGUGGACGGAGGGGGUGGAGGGGGACGCGUUCUGGCGGGGGGUGAGGGAGCAGCAGAGGCGGAUGCGGGAAGUGCUUUAGAACGCCCUGGUGCGUCCGCAUGCGCGGUGGGGGGUCAUGAGGCUGAUGGAGCGGCCCCGUGUAGAUGCCUGCGUGCUCGGUGCCAGUGCGCCCUAUAGACUCGGGCGCUGGUAGUGCCCGUCCGUAUAGAUUCCCUGGUCUCUUCUUUCUCUCUUCUCUGACUAUAGUUUCCGCUUCUGCGUUUUAUUAGACGUCAUCCCUUCUCCCGUCUCCCUAUUUAUUAGAUCAUGCCUCCUACGGACGCUUCUCUUGCCUUUCUCAUCUAUCCCCCGUCCCGCCCCCGCUUGCGUUUGCUUCUAGAUGUGCUGUAGGAUCCGUGUUUAGAGAGUAGAGUCGCGAGUACGUUAGACGGAGGGGAGGAGCCGCCGACUAGAUUACAUAGACCCCGUAUUACCUACCGUAUAGCUAGUACAUAAUCUAUUUAUUCUCUCGU